AUGAAAGCAUGGAGAGUUGGCUUUCUUUGCUUAGUGGUCUUGAACGCAACAGUGCGCUAUGUGACGUCUCUGGAGCAAGAACUGACUGAUUCUAUUUUUGGUAACUUCCUGGAUCCUAUUAAAGACUGGUUUGAGCAGAAGAAUGAAGCCAAUCAAACGGCGGCCAGAUUCUCCCUGCGAACACCUUCCCAGCCGGAAGACGACCUUUGCUAUAUCCAUCCUGGCCAAGCUGACUCUCUGGCGGCCUGUGCCUUCAACAAUACCGCCAAAACCUUCCUCAUCAUCCACGGAUGGGCGUUGAGCGGCAUGUUUGAAAGCUGGGUGGCUAAGCUGGUGUCGGCAUUGUAUGAGCGAGAGAAGAUGGCCAACGUCAUCGUGGUGGACUGGCUCAGCACGGCGCAGAACGACUACGUGAUUGCGGCCCAGAACACCAAGGCGGUGGGACAGGAGGUGGCACGCUUCAUCGACUGGAUUGAGGAAACCACCAACAUUCCUCUUGACAACCUACAUCUUAUUGGAUACAGCCUUGGGGCUCAUGUGGCAGGCAUUGCAGGCAGCCACGCCUCUAACAAAGUUGGAAGAAUAACAGGUUUGGACCCAGCCGGGCCAAACUUUGAGGGUGAGCACGCCCACAGGCGCCUGUCCCCAGAUGACGCCGAUUUCGUGGAUGUGCUCCACACCUUCACCCGAGGCUCUCUGGGUCUAAGCAUCGGCAUUCAGCAGCCUGUAGGCCACGUGGAUAUCUACCCCAAUGGAGGCAUCUUCCAGCCAGGCUGCAACUUAAGAGGAGCUCUGGAGAAGAUUGCUACAUUUGGGUUAUUUGCCAUCGGCGACGCCGUCAAGUGCGAGCACGAGCGCUCUAUCCACCUCUUCAUUGACUCUCUGCUAAACGAGUGGGAGGCGGCCAAGGCCUACCGCUGCGGUAGCAACGAUAUGUUCAACCGCGGCAUGUGCCUCAGCUGCCGCAAGAGCCGCUGCAACACGGUGGGCUACGACAUCAGCAAGGUCCGCAAACCGCGCAAUGUGCAGAUGUACACCAAGACCAGAGCCACUAUGCCCUUCCGAGUUUACCACUACCAGUUGAAGAUCCACUUCUCCAGUAAAGUGAACCGCUCGGAGAUGGAGCCCUCGCUUACAGUCUCACUCUUUGGAACCAAGGGGGAAGCGGAAGACCUGCAGCUUAAACUGAAGGAGAAAAUAGCAGCCAAUAGGACUCAUUCUUUCCUAUUGGUAACCGAAAAGGACAUAGGUGAGCUGUUGAUGUUGAAGUUCAAGUGGGAGGAGUCAAACGGCUGGUCAGCCUCCAGUAUGUUGAAGAUGGUUUCUUCCUGGUGGUCCGGCGACUCCGACAGCGCCAACAUGGAGGUGCACAGAAUUCGCAUCCGGGCAGGAGAGACACAGCAAAAGAUGGUAUUGUGCUCAAAAGAUCCUGAUUCUUCCAACUUAAUGCAAGAACUUACCUUCGUCAAAUGUAAGGGAACGUGGAGAACGCAUCCAAAAAGCACUCCCAAAAGAAUAACCUUGGAGGCCCACUGA